GUUUAUGUUCACCAUGAAAACGCAAUUAAAUAAUUCUGAUUCUUAUUUCUACAAUUACUUCGAUUUAUUUUUAAUCCUCCUAUUGAUAAUCGCGGUAGUCGUUAUCACUAAGGUACGUUUGUAGAUGAAACACGACGAAAUUAGUUCUAAUGUAUAAAUAACAAAAGGUUAGAAUUUAAAAACACUGGAAUUUCAACAAUUUAAUCCUAUAAUAUAAUUUAAUAUUAUUUAUUAUGGUCGUGUGCAAGUUUUUUCUGCAAGGCACAUGCAAAUUCGGCCAAGACUGCCGAUUUCAGCAUUCCUUAGGUGAUAAUUUUCAUUAUGUGAAUCCGAAUAUUCAACAAAACCAACCACAAUUUACACAGCAGAAACCACCACAAACUACCACAACCAUCGAUACUUUAGUUGAAAGUGUUGUUAAAGAAGCUAAUGCAGUUGAGAAAGGGGGCCAAUGGUUAUUAACAUGUUAUGCACCUUUCAAAGACAAACAUGCGUUUCCAGGAUUGGAGGACACCAGCUUCGAAGAAGUCAGAUGGGGAUUUUAUGAGGCCAGAGAAAAUGGAACACUUGACCAAUAUAUUAUAAAAAUUCAGGAAAUGAUGCAAACUAGAAUAAUGCAAUUAAAAGCACUACAAAAUCCAAGCCCAGAUAUUAUUAAUAUAAUAAAGCAAAUAUAUGACACACCAUUAAAUAAUUCUAUGGCUAUAGCAGCUGUUAACAGAACUGGUGGCUUUAAUUCACCAAAUUCAACAUUUACAUCACCACUUAAAUCAAAUUUUAACCAACAAGGAGGCAAUACAAUAAGUGGUAACAUUUUUGGUGGAUUUCCUGUACAAAAUCAACCAGUUUUUAGUGGAUCUCAAGCAAAUUAUCAACAAACACCAGUGGCAAGUUCUUCUAUUUUUGCAAAUACAGUUGCAGCACAAACAACUACUCCAUUUGUCCAGCAACCACCCAGCAUAUUUGGUGGACAGACAACAAGUCCUUUUGUAUCUCAACAAAACGCAUAUGUUGCAACUAAUAACACGUUUGUUAACCAACAACAACAAUCAUCAAUUUUUGCACAGGCAUCACCACCCAAUUUUGUACAAACAACAUCACCAUCAGUAUUCAAUCAACAAUUAUCAGGACAAACACAAACUUCUCCAUUUUUUUCUCAACAACCUGGCCAAAACCCAUCAGUAUUUAGCCAACAGCAACAACAAUCUUCGAAUAUUUUUGGUACAGUUUCAGCUAAUCAAAACAGUAAUAAUAUUUUUGCUCAACAAUCAAUUCACACCCCUCAAAACCAACAACCAUUUGGCGCUGCUCAAAAUACCCCUACAAGUCCUUUUGGACAAAAUCAACCUUCUUCUGGAUCUAUAUUUGUACAAAAUAGUACUUUUCAACAACCAUCACAGGGUAUCUUUAAGACAGGAUUCGACAACAACACCCGAACCACAGUUGAAGUUGAUAUGUCUGUCUACUCGAAAUUGGAAGAUUUGACGCCGGACGAGAUUAACUGGUUUGAAAGUGAUACACUGGAUGUUGCGUGUAUUCCGGAAAAUCCGCCAACUUUCGAGAUGAGUAGAAAAUAAGGGUUGAUUAACAAGAUCUAGAAAAGUAGUUUGGCUGUGACUGUACUUGUUAUUUUGAUUUUAUAUUUUGCUAAUGCAAAAUUGCAAAAAUUCUUGUCUUUUUUGAAUUGUAACAUUUUGUAUUGUAUGAUAAAUUGCUGUUCCUUUAAUAUUGAAUAUAGAAUUUAUACAUAAUCUGGACUGAAAUAAAAAAUAAAUGUAUUAUACAGUA